GGUACUUAUAAUGUACGGUUCUCCGAGAAUUACAUCCAAGAUGGCACCGUCGGCCGCUCCCGGCUCAGCCACCAUCUUGGUAGUUCCGAGGCCGGCCUGAGCGGCACAACCGCGCGGCCCCGGAAUCCUCAACGCGCCUGCGCGUCCGCACAGCCUCCCCCGCCCCUCUCGCUGCCGCUGUAGCCGCCGCUGCUGCACUGACGGCGGGUUCCCCCGCGCCCCAGAGUUACUGAUUUAUUUUUGAGAAUCCUCUAUUUUCAUCUGUCCUCAUGGAUGAACUUCAGGAUGUUCAACUCACAGAGAUCAAACCACUUCUAAAUGAUAAGAAUGGGACUCGAAACUUCCAGGACUUUGACUGUCAGGAACAUGACAUAGAAACAACUCAUGGCGUGGUCCACGUCACUGUCAGAGGCCUACCGAGAGGAAACAGACCAGUUAUUCUGACAUAUCAUGACAUUGGCCUCAACCAUAAAUCCUGUUUCAAUGCGUUCUUUAACUUUGAGGAUAUGCAAGAGAUCACUCAGCACUUCGCUGUCUGUCAUGUGGAUGCCCCAGGCCAACAGGAAGGGGCACCCUCGUUCCCAACAGGGUACCAGUACCCCACAAUGGAUGAGCUAGCUGAAAUGCUGCCUCCGGUUCUUACCCACUUAAGUGUGAAAAGCAUCAUUGGGAUUGGAGUCGGAGCUGGAGCGUACAUCCUCAGCAAAUUCGCGCUCAGUCAUCCGGAACUUGUGGAAGGCCUCGUCCUCAUCAAUGUAGACCCCUGCGCUAAAGGCUGGAUUGACUGGGCGGCUUCCAAAAUCUCAGGCUUGACGACCAAUGUUGUGGACAUUAUUUUGGCUCAUCACUUUGGGCAGGAAGAGUUGCAGGCCAACCUGGACCUGAUUCAGACCUACAGACUGCAUAUUGCCCAAGAUAUCAACCAAGAAAACCUACAGCUCUUCCUGGGUUCUUAUAAUGGACGAAGAGACCUGGAGAUUGAAAGACCCAUGCUGGGCCAAAAUGAUAACAAAUCAAAGACCUUAAAGUGUUCUACUUUAUUGGUGGUAGGGGACAAUUCACCCGCAGUUGAGGCUGUGGUUGAAUGCAAUUCUCGCCUGAAUCCUAUAAAUACAACUUUGCUAAAGAUGGCAGACUGUGGCGGACUGCCCCAAGUAGUUCAGCCUGGGAAGCUCACCGAGGCCUUCAAGUACUUUUUGCAGGGAAUGGGCUACAUACCAUCUGCCAGCAUGACCCGGCUCGCCCGAUCACGAACCCACUCAACCUCGAGUAGUAUCUGCUCUGGAGAAAGUGCCUUUAGUCGAUCUGUCACCAGCAAUCAGUCAGAUGGAACUCAAGAAUCCUCUGAGUCCCCUGAUGUUCUGGACAGACACCAGACGAUGGAGCUGUCCUGCUAAGCUGAUGCUCCUCCCCGGACCAUGCAAGUCCAUCCUCCCUCAGAUGACCACUCCAUAAUAUAACAUUCCAUCCAGCACACUGGAUCUGUCUUUAACUCCUGCAUGGCCAGUGACUUUCUCUCUGGUAUCCUGGAUUUAUCAUUCCCUGCCUGCCCGCCCUCUCUUUUUGUAUGUUCCAGGAACCACUUCAUGUCAUUACUGUAACAUUCCAACAUCUUCAGCUGAUCAGAUCUUAUCUUCUCUUGCCAGCUUUUUUCCCAUGCUUUCUCAACUACAUAGCUGAUAAGAUUUCUUUGAUCCUGAUGUAUGUGUGUGAGCACGCGUGUCUGUGUGUGCAUAUUUCUGUGAUCUUAGACAUGCUUUCUUGUAGAGCUUCUGCAACAAAAAAAAAGGGACCUUUUUUGCAUUUUCAAUAGUAUUUUUAGGGGGAAUAUGUGGAUUUCUAGGUUGGGUAGGUCGCUGCAUUCACUCUUGGUUCCAAAUUGAUCAACGUGAUUUACAAAGUGACUUCUGGAGAGAGCAGCUCUGAGGAAUGUAGAAGACCGUAAUUCCGUGAUUACUGUUUGGACUGUUCAUUGUGACCAGUAGCAGGGAGCCUGUUACAUAGAGAAGCAGGCAGGGUGGCCAGCCACCUCCUCCCAUUCAAAUGAAUUCACACACACCAUUCUGUAAAUAAAAGGGAGGGAGGGACGUGUACUUUCGGAGGCUCAAUAAUAAUGAAUGAGAUUCUGAUGCAACAUGGAGUUGUUCCCAAGGAGUGAGCGUGGCCUAAUUGGACUCUCUUGGCACAGGACGGUGAAAAACAAAGUACCCGGCAUUCGGCUGCUGGAACAAAACUGUCUGAGACCACUAGCAGACAUCCACAAGAAAUGCCCUCCAGCUCUGUGAUGGAGAGUGUUUCCGUAUCCCCCUAGCCCUUACUAAAAGGAGAGGUACAGCCUGGAAAUUACAUGGGUUGUGAGGAAAUGGUCUUGGGAAGAGGAACAGACAUUAACAGAGUAUCGUAUUUAAUAAGCAUAGCCUUGAUUUCAGCAGACUUAAAUGGAAGCUAAGUGAAAUUGAGAUAGAACUCAUUUUUCAGAAAGAUUCUUAAUCCUGUGAACUCUCUUUUCUAGGAGGGAUGGGGCAAGUCUGUAAGGGCAGCCUGUCCAGGUAAAACUGUGUUUAGUCCACUACUGUUAUUGCUGGGCGGAGGGUGAAACCAGCUGCCCUGCAGCCAGGACCCAGCUCUUGAGGCCAUCAGGAUGUAAGCAGAGUGACACAGUUCCAGGUCUUAGGAAGGGCCUUUUCCGUCGUAGUGUUCGCUUUCUGCCAAGAUAGGGAAUACGUCACUCUGCCAGAGUAUGACUUUUUACAGGUUAUUAAAUAAAGCUAUAUAUGUCUCAUUGUUA